CACGAUCUUUACUAUUGAAGCGGCGUUACCACGUGUUGGUUAGUGUUCCACGUUUAUUUUCGUGAAUUUUAUAAGAUAUUAGUUGAUUUAUUAGGGACUCAAGUAAUGGCUACAAACGAGCAGUUAAUACCAGCACUUGUGCUCGAGUAUUUAAAGAAAAGGGACAAGAAUUUGGCUAAAGUCUUUCAACAGAAAACAAAUGCCGGUAUUGUCGGCAAAGGUUUUCCUAAAUUGGAGCAAAUAAUCGAGAGUUACCAACAAAGUAAUAAGAAGAAGCUACCUAUAAUUAAACCAGGUGGUGAGAGCUCGAGUGGUGAUGAUAGUUCUUCGGAUGAAGAGCAGGCUCCAGCACAACCGGGUAAAAAACCAACAGUCGCUUUAACAAAUGGUAAAAGUAAUGUAAAACAAUCGAAUGCAAAAGAGUCAAGUUCCGACGACAGUAGUUCCGAAGAGGAAAGCUCACCACCAGUAAGCAAACAACCAGAAGCAAAAGCUAAGAAAGACGAGUCAUCAAGUGAAGAGAGUUCUGAAGACGAUAAGCCCGCUGUCAAAAAUACUGCUAACAAAGCUUUACCACAAAAAAAUUCUAAAAAGAGUUCUUCAAGCGACGAUAGUUCCGACGCCGAACCAAAGGCCAAAGCACCAGCGAAACCUGCUAAUGUAAAAGUGCCGGAAAAGAAAAAUCAAGAUUCAAGUAGUGAAGAAGAGUCUGAUAGCGAAGAGGAAAAUAAAAAAGUAGCCGCCAAAACACCUUUGGUGAAGCAGGUCGCUAAGAAAGAUGAAUCGGAAGAUAGCUCUGAAGACAGCGAUAGUGACGCAGAAGAGGCGAAAAACGUUAAAAAAAUUGCACCGGCAAAAAUUAAUGCAGGAGGCGGAAAAGACGGUAGUUCCGACGCCGAACCAAAGGCCAAAACACCAGCGAAACCUGCUAAUGUAAAAGUGCCAGAAAAGAAAAAUCAAGAUUCAAGUAGUGAAGAAGAGUCUGAUAGCGAAGAGGAAAAUAAAAAAGUAGCCGCCAAAACACCUUUGGUGAAGCAGGUCGCUAAGAAAGAUGAAUCGGAAGAUAGCUCUGAAGACAGCGAUAGUGACGCAGAAGAGGCGAAAAACGUUAAAAAAAUUGCACCGGCAAAAAUUAAUGCAGGAGGCGCCAAAGGAAAAGAAGACUCGGAUAGUUCAUCUGAAGACAGUGAGGAAGAUAAAAAACCAACGAAGGUGGCCCCAACUAAAACUGCUCCUGUAAAAGCUGCAAAUUCUUCAGAUUCUGACUCUGAUUCUGACAGUGAAGACGAAAAGGCAACGGUUAAAAAUACAAAGAAACCAAUAGUAAAAGCUGCCGCUGUUGCCAAAAAACAAGAAUCAUCUAGUGAAGAUGAUAGUUCCGAUGAGCCAUCCAAACCGGUAGUGAAAAAGGUAGCAGCAGCGAAGAAUAAAUCUAGUUCGGAAGACAGUUCCAGUGAAGAAGAAACACCUGCUGUUUUACCCACCGUUAAAAAAAAUGUAGCUCCCGCUAAAACUGCCAAAUCUAGCAGUUCUGAAGAGAGUUCAUCGGAGGAUGAAGCUCCGCCACAGAAAAAACCAGCACCAGCUAAAACUGUUGCGCCACUUAAAAAAAAAGAGUCGAGCUCUGAAGACUCGUCCUCAGACGAAGAACCGCCAGCUAAAAAGCAAGCAAUAGGUGCUGCGAAGGCAGUUGCUGUACCUAAGAAGGACGAGUCGUCAAGUGAUGAUAGCGAUUCUGAAGAAAGCGAUGAGAAAGCGAAGCCUAAACCAAAGGCUUUAGCUUCAGCAAAGAAAGAGGAAAGCAGCUCUGAUGAUGAUGAUGAUGAGGACGAAGUUCCGCAAAAAAAGAAUCCAAAGGUUGGUGAGAAGAGAAAAUUUGAUGAAGUUGCGACUGGACAAAAUCAGCCUAAUAAAAAGUAUAGCAAUUUUGUAAAGAGCGGUGAAGGCAAGCAACAAAAUUUGGUUUCAUCUACACCUAAUUUUAAUGGUAAAAUUAACAAGCAGAAACAGCCAAAUAGUGAAGUAAAGAAGAAUACACCAUUUAGGAGAGUUCGUGAGGAGGAAGUAGAAAUAGAUGAACGUGUAAAAGAUAUGUCUUUCGAAGCAAAGAAAAAUGCAUCUGGUUCAUGGGGUGACCGAGCUAACAAAGAUUUAAAACAUACACGCGGAAAGUCGUUUAAACACGAAAAAACUAAGAAGAAACGUGGAAGUUAUCGUGGCGGUCAAAUUGACAUGAGCGUUAAUUCUAUAAAAUUUGAAUAACCAAUUUUAAACUCGCUUCAUAAUUUGAGUUGAUAUAAAUGCUAGUUACUAUAAACUUUUAAGAGAUUUAAGUAUAACGUAGUGUAAGUAAACUGAAUACGUCUACAUUGUACAUAAUUAUACAAUAUUCAUGUAUAUGUAUGUUAUCGACGAGACAAGUGAAUAUUCUUGAAAAAAUCAAAAUGUCUUAGGUUCACAAAUUUAAAAAAUGUACAAAAGUGCACCCAAUAUAUACGAGUACAUAUUUACUAUCUAUAGUUCUGUUCACAUCUUGAUGUUUUGUACCCAUAGAACUUUCAAGGAAGAAGAAAUUAGAGCGCAAAGUGAAAUUAUAUUUUGAGGCGAAUUCGCAAGUUUUUACGGGAUAAAUAUUGGCUUGCAACCAAGGCGAGUAGAGAUUAUUCUAUCAUUCCUGAGUUGCAACAAAUAAAAAGCGAAUUCUGUUGAAGCCUCAAAAAGGUAGUUACUGGCUAAUUUUCGCUGGAAAAGAAAGUGAACAGAGCUCAUAUUUGAUCAAUAAUUUGUAAGUUAGUUUUGGCGCUUUCUUGAGUCAAAAUAAUUAAUACUUAGAAUAACUGUAA